AUGCGUGUGCUCGGCCCCAUCAACCACAUCUGCUUCACGUCAAACACCACAUCUACCCAGCUGGGCGGUGGGUAUGAUGUGCAUAGCACGCCUUCCUCCCAUCCCCAUCGCAACAACCACUUCAUGGUCAUUGGCUGCAACACCCUUGGGCUCAUCGGUGGGAACAAAGACGCCAAGAGCCAGUACCUUGCUGGGUGCUACUCCUACUGCCAUCUAUGUCAAUGCUCCAAAGGAUAUGAGGGCAAUCCUUACAUUCUGACUGGCUGCCAAGAUAUAGAUGAGUGCAUGCUGUGUACACAAGAUUCCAAGUAUGAGGAAUUGUAUCCCUGCAGAAAAGGGGUCUGUCACAAUAUACAGGGAAGUUACUUUUGCAAAUGCAAAAUGGGAACAAGAGAUGAUGGCACAAAUUUUGGAUGCCGGCCCCUUUAUGCUUCAACCAAACUAGUUAUUGGCCUCAGUCUUUCUGCAGUAGUGUUGAUGGCCUUGGCAUGCUUGUACACCAUGCAAUUACAAAGGAAAAGGCACAAGAUGGAGAAAGAAGAAUAUUUCAGACAAAAUGGAGGUCUCAAGUUAUAUGAUGAAAUGACGGCAAGGAAGGUUCACACGAUUCAUAUUCUUACAGAGAAGGAGAUAAAGAGAGCCACAGACAAUUAUAAUGAAGAUCGAGUACUUGGAUGUGGAGGUCAUGGAAUGGUCUAUAGGGGAACUUUGGAUGACCACAAAGAGGUUGCCAUAAAGAAGUCCAAGGUAAUAAAUGAUGAUUGCAGGGAAGAAUUUGUCAAUGAGACAAUCAUUUUAUCUCAAAUCAACCACAGAAACAUAGUCAGGUUACUAGGCUGUUGCUUGGAUGUAGAUGUCCCAAUGUUGGUGUAUGAGUUUGUCUCCAAUGGAACUUUAUCUGAGUUCCUUCAUGGUGCUGAUCACAGAUCACCAAUCCCCUUAGAUCUUCGCCUGAAGAUUGCUACACAAUCAGCAGAAGCUCUUGCUUACUUACAUUCAUCAAUAUCUUGCACGAUCCUACACGGAGAUGUCAAAUCUGCCAAUAUCCUGUUGGAUGAUCAGCACAAUGCAAAGAUUGCAGAUUUCGACAUCAGCACAAAAGUCCAUGGACGAAAGAAAAGGGCUAUGUUUGCUGAUAGGUUCAAUGAAAAAAAAUCAUUGUCUUAUAUCUUUCUCUUGAUGUUCCGCCAUAAUAAGCACAAAGCAAUGCUGGACUCUGAAAUUAUUGACGAGGAAGUUAUGGCAGUGCUUGAAAAGCUGGCCCAACUAGCAGUGCAUUGCUUAUGCCCAAGUGGAGAUGACAGGCCAACAAUGAAGGAAGUUGCAGAGCGCCUACAGAUGUUGAGGAGGCUCCACAUGGAUGCAACCAGUGACUGUGAAGACAGUUACUAUGCACACCAUGGAGGAUCAUCAUCAUUGGCUGCCCCUUUGGAUGAUAUGGCAUACAACAGCAUAGAGACAUCAACACUGUUCUUGGCAUAG